GAUUCAACUUAGAUAUCUAAUCCUAAACUUUAAACUUGUUUACAAGAUUAAACAAGGGAUUAGAUUUAGAUUAGAUUAGUUUAGAUUAAUAUUGAGAGAGUUUUGUAUAGAAAACAGAAGGGUUUUCGAAAAAAUGGGAGGUUCUGAGAAUGAUUUUUACUCAAAGCCUUUUGUGGUUCUGUGUUGGUUGAUUGCUGCUAUUGGUGGUCUUAUGUUCGGUUAUGACAUUGGUAUUUCAGGUGGAGUGACAUCGAUGGAUGACUUCUUGAUUAUGUUCUUUCCUGGUGUAUACGCUAAGAAAAAACAUGCAAAAGAAAACAACUACUGCAAAUACGCUGAUCCGUAUGUUCAGUUGUUCACUUCCUCGUUGUACCUUGCUGCACUCUGUGCCAGCUUUAUUGGGUCUAAAGUUUGCAGUAAAUAUGGCCGCAAGAUGACUAUGUUAGUCGCUUCCAUAUUCUACUUGUUAGGAGUUACCUUGAAUGCUGCAGCAAAUGGUCUUGUCAUGCUCAUUCUUGGAAGGAUUUUGCUUGGUGUUGGUGUUGGAUUUGGUAAUGAGGCCGUUCCGCUGUUCUUAUCUGAAAUUGCGCCCAUCAAGAUCCGAGGAGCAGUGAACAUUCUUUUCCAGCUGUUCGUUACUACUGGAAUACUUAUUGCCAACGUUAUAAACUAUGUUGCAGCUGAGAAGCAUCCAUGGGGCUGGAGACUAGCUUUGGGUUUAGCCGGAGUUCCUGCUUUCAUGCUCCUGGUUGGUUCAUUUGUUAUCCCUGAAACACCUACAAGUUUGAUCGAACGUGGUCAUAUAGAAAAAGGAAAAUUAACUCUUCAGAAGAUACGACGAGCACAAAACGUUGAGGAGGAGUAUCAGUCGAUAUUAACUGCUAGUCGAUUAUCUCAAGAAACCCAGAGUUCAUUCUCAAAACUUAUGCGACCAUCGAGUAGACCUCCUCUUGUCAUUGGUAUAAUGAUGCAAGUGUUCCAGCAAUUUACAGGAAUCAAUGCCAUCAUGUUCUAUGCCCCAGUCUUGUUUCAAACUGUCGGUUUUGGGGCCAACGCGGCGUUGAUAUCAUCCGUGAUCAUAGGAUUUGUAAAUGUCUUUAGCACCUUAGUUUCAAUCAAAACUGUUGACAAAUUUGGAAGAAGAGCCUUGCUUCUUGAAGCUUGUUGCCAGAUGUUCCUUACACAGGUUGUUGUAGGGAUAAUCCUCGCAGUGCGUCUGAAGAUAACUGGAUCACUAGGUCAUGGAGAAGCAAUUGGCGUGGUUAUUCUGGUUUGUUUAUAUGUCAUGAGCUUUGCAUGGUCAUGGGGCCCAUUAGGUUGGUUGAUUCCAAGUGAAACAUUUCCCCUGGAGAUAAGAACUACUGGUUUCGCAUUUGCUGUUAGCGCAAACAUGCUCUGCACUUUCAUCAUAGCUCAAGCAUUCUUGUCAAUGCUGUGUCAUAUGCACGCCUUUGUGUUUUUCUUUUUUGCUGCCUGGAUUGUUGCCAUGGGACUAUUUGUGGUAUUUUUGCUACCAGAGACUAAAGGUGUUCCGAUUGAAGAGAUGGUUGAGAGAGUUUGGAAGCAACAUUGGUUCUGGAAGAAUUAUAUGGACCGCGACGUUGAUGCAAAUGGACAGAAAGUGAGGAAGGAAGGCGGGUUUUAUCCGUGAUUCGCAGUGCAUAUUUCUGUUUCUUGCAGCAUCCAUUGUUCAUCAUGGAUUUCUUUAGCUUCCUAAGAUUUUCGCAUUCUUUUUCCAUUUUCAGUAGCUAGUUCUUUGUUUAGGACUUGAAAGACUAGAUUGAAAUCUGUUUCGUUUUGGAUAAAAGUAAUUGAGA